AGUCUAAACUAUUUUUUGAUAUUUUGUAUGUCAAAUGAAAAUAAAAAUAUAAAAACUAAAGUUAAGUAUUUUUUAAAUGUUUUUAAGUAUAAAAUAUAUACAUAUCCAAACUAUUAUUUUAUGUUUUUAAAAAAAAUUAGAAAAUAUUUAAAUUUAGUUUUUAUAUUUUUAUUUACAUAGCUGAUAUAUUAUUAUAUAAUAAAAUUAAUUCAUUUAUUAACUUGCGGUUCAUCCGUGGUUCACCCGCAGUCGACCCAGUGACCCAGCAACCCGGUAAGUCGUCCGGUUCAGUGUCCGGGUCGGGUUUAAAAACAUUGCCCAUAUUCCCUUUCUUCUAAUAUAAUAAUCUAUAAUAUAAAAAUCUAACAAAUCUAUUUUUAAUGAUAUAUAAUAAAAAUAUGUUCUGAUUUGAUUUUUAAAAUUAAUUUUAAAUCUAAAACUAUUAUGUGAUAUUAAUUAUAUGAUUGCAUUUAUCAGGUUGAUAUGAUAUCUUUUGGUAGUUUCAGGAAACGCAAUCAAGACUAAGAUGAUAAAUACCGAAAUAUAUGGCUUCAUCAUCAUCAGUAUGAUGAUUUCACAUGCUAGUUUCAAUGGGUCGUUUUGCUUUUUAUUUUUAUCAUUAUUAGAAGUUGUUAUUCAAGGACCCAUUUUGGCCGCACCAAUCAAAUCAGUUUGAUAUUUAUGAAAUCUUGAAAAAUAAUUUGAGAAAAUCGCAAUGUCUCAUUCAUUAUUAUUUUUAAAUGUAUCUUAGAUAUUGCUAUAAGAUAACGUUUCUUGACGUUGAGGGUUUUAUUAUUUUAGAGAAACAAUAACCACUAUAUAAUACCUACCAAAGAAUAUUCAGUUAAGUUAGUUGAUCGUUGGAGUCAAACUUAAAUCGAACAACGUCACUUGAAAAUCUGGGGGAUAAGUUAUAUAAACCAGCGGCUACCAGCCUACCAGCAUUGCCUUGAUCUCGUCCACCUGAUUUUGUUUGUUAAAUUUAACGCAACUAGAUUGAUUAAAUGUUAAGUAAUCAUAUUAACCUAUGUCCAAAUUAAUAGAUCACCAUUUUAAAUCCCAUGUUUGAAUAACUCGUUGCGCAACCUACUUGUGCUUUUUUUUCUUCUUCAGAAAAACAGUUCAGAAAUAUAUGCUUUUCAAUUUCUUAAAUUCAUAUAUGCGGGAUGAAAAUAAGUUCAGUAAAAACCACAUAUAAAAAUAUAAAUUCCUUCUUUUUGAUGAAGACAUUAAUUCCUUCUUCCAACCAGAGAUAAAUUUAUUUUAAAUAUAUAGUCUUCUUCUGGUCAUACACUUUUCCAUGGUUACCAUCCCAGAAUCAUCAACUUCGUUGGUUAUCGAAAUAUGCAACAAUGUGGCUCAAUAUAUACAAGUCCAUGUUUUCUCUCAAAAUUGGAAUCUGAUUGAUCUACAGAUUUAUGCUAAAACGUCAUACUUUGUUAUAUACUUCUAUUGAUAUACAUUAGUACAUAUAUACGUCGAUCUUUGCUAAAAAAGAAAGUAUACGUCGAUCAUGGCUAGUCGUGAAAAAGGUAUACUUGCAUUGCAUGAAAAUGAUCCCACCAAAUUGACAAGUCGAUGUCAAUAUGACCGGAGAAAAAAAUUAAAGGCGGACCAACUUAUUCAGGACUACUAGCUAGUAUAGGGAGCAUAAAUGGUUCUCUUUGACUUACCAUCUUCAGUAUAAAUAUAUGUAUUUUAGAUGUAUAUAUAUGUACAUGCAUACGUAUACACGAUCAACUUAAUGAGAUAAUACAUUUUCUUCAAGCGAUUCAUGAGCAUUACUUUUGAUCCCCACUUGUCUCUCUUCCUUUUUCUUGUAUGUUAUUUUCCUUGCUUUCUAAUUUUACGUUUACCACUUUUUAUUUUAUUUUAUUAGUAUUUAUAUAACUCUGUUGACACUAGUUAUGAUAAGAAAAUUUCGUGUUAUGUCACAAUAUUCGUAGAAAUGAUAUCUGAUAGUUUUACCAUCUGUAUUUAGUAGUUGAUUUACAAGUCAUUAGUAUUGGAAAAAGACAACAAACAAUAUUGAAGAAAGGGUACGUAGACUGCAUAUUAGUUCAUGAGUUGAUAUCUAACUCCAUUGAGCGGGAUUCUGUUGUUAUUACCAUAACUACAAAAAAAUAAAAUAAUAGUAAUUCGAUUUUUAUAAAUAAACCAUUUAUAUAUGGCAUAUGAGUUUGCUUUUUUUAAUUGGCAUAUUUGGUCCCUAAAUGAUGGUCAUAACAAGGGCGGUCCGGCGGUGACGGAAACGCGUAAAGGUUAAUCAUUUAAUUAAACUUAAUAUCAUUAUUUUAAUAAUAUAUUAUCGUUUUAUUUCUUAUCCCUACUAAAAUUAUUUAAUAUUCAAAUCCUAGGAAACGAACAAAUUAAUCAGGGAACUCAGCUCAAAUUCUAUCAUUUAAUUUUGUGUGUAUGUAUAAUUGAAACUUUCUGAAUAAAACCAAUACUAAGAUUUAUCGCCGUAUGUGUGAAUGCAAUAAUAAAUAGAAGUUCAAUAAUGGAUCACUCUUAUUUUCAUAUAGUAUAAAGCUCUAUAUUGCAAUAUAUUGAAUAUCAAUUCUCAUCAAAUAAUAGCUGAAUGAUUGUUAGAGUCGUAAUAAAACACAAUAAAAUAAAUUGUCUCACAUGUCUUAACGAAAAUUUACUAAAAAUGUGUUAAUGUCUGGGCGGUCAAAAGAGUGUCUAGUUUCUGAUUCUUUUGUCACACUUUUUUAUUUUUUGGGAUAAAAUGUCGUAAGAUUGUUAUCUAUAUAUAUCCCUCAACAUACCCAUUGAUUCUUCAAACACAUCUCACUCUUCACCAGCUUAAACCCUAAACCAAGAUCUCUUUUUUUGUUCUCUCUCUCUCUCUCUUUCCUCUCAUUAAUUCUCUCUUCGACCAAAAUUUCUUGACAUAAAAUCAGAAAAAUGAAACAGCUUUCAACAAAAGUGACAGGCAACGGUCAUGGACAAGACUCAUCCUACUUCUUGGGAUGGGAAGAGUACGAGAAGAAUCCUUACGAUGAGAUCAAGAACCCUAAUGGGAUGAUCCAGAUGGGUCUUGCCGAAAAUCAGCUAUGUUUCGAUCUCAUCGAGUCAUGGUUAGCUAGGAACCCAGACGCAGCUAGUCUCAAGAGGAACGGUCAAUCCAUUUUCAGAGAGCUUGCUCUCUUUCAAGACUAUCACGGCAUGCCUGAAUUCAAAAAAGCUAUGGCUGAGUUCAUGGAAGAGAUAAGAGGAAACAGAGUCACAUUUGAUCCCAAAAAGAUUGUUUUAGCCGCUGGUUCGACCUCAGCGAACGAGACACUCAUGUUUUGUCUCGCUGAGCCUGGCGAUGCUUUCCUCUUGCCUACUCCUUACUAUCCUGGAUUUGAUAGAGAUCUUAAAUGGAGAACUGGAGCUGAGAUCGUGCCGAUUCACUGCUCAAGCUCCAAUGGCUUCCAAAUCACGGAAGCAGCUCUUCAACAAGCUUACCAACAAGCCCACAAACUUGAUCUCAAAGUCAAAGGAGUUCUUGUCACGAAUCCAUCGAACCCACUUGGCACUGCGUUGACCAGACGUGAACUUAACCUUCUCGUUGACUUCAUCACUUCCAAGAACAUUCAUCUCAUCAGCGACGAGAUCUACUCAGGCACUAUGUUCGGGUUUGAACAGUUCAUAAGCGUGAUGGAUGUCUUGAAAGACAAGAAACUCGAAAACACCGAGGUUUCUAAAAGAGUCCACGUCGUUUACAGCCUUUCCAAAGAUCUAGGGCUUCCUGGUUUCCGCGUGGGAGCGAUCUACUCCAACGAUGAAAUGAUCGUUUCCGCAGCGACAAAAAUGUCGAGUUUCGGUCUUGUUUCUUCUCAGACUCAAUACCUUCUCUCUGCAUUGCUCUCAGACAAAAAGUUCACAAGCCAAUACCUCGAGGAGAAUCAGAAACGGCUCAAGUCCAGACAAAAGCGCCUAGUGUCUGGUCUUGAGUCCGCGGGGAUUACUUGCUUGAGAAGCAAUGCGGGUUUGUUCUGUUGGGUCGACAUGAGACACCUCUUGGACACAAACACAUUCGAAGCAGAGCUCGACCUCUGGAAAAAGAUUGUCUACAACGUGAAACUAAACAUCUCACCCGGUUCGUCGUGUCACUGCACCGAACCGGGUUGGUUUAGGGUUUGUUUCGCUAAUAUGAGCGAGGGUACACUCGAUUUGGCCUUGAAGAGGCUCAAAACAUUCGUAGAGUCCACAGACUGUGGACGGAUGAUAUCAAGAAGCAGCCAUGAAAGGCUCAAGAGUUUGAGGAAGAAGACAGUCUCUAACUGGGUUUUCCGGGUUUCAUGGUCCGACCGUGUGCCUGAUGAGCGAUGAAAUUAUUCAUCUCCCUGAGUUUGAGACGACAACAAAGUCUUCCAAGGUUUUUUCUUCUUUAUUUCCUUCAUUUUUUUAUAUUUUGGAGAAGUAUUUUUUCAUUUUCCAAGAUAUAUAUAAUAUCAUUAUAUAUGUGUAAUAUUCAUAAAUGUUUGGGUAUUUUAUGCAAUUUUUCGGGUGUAAAAUUGUUACUGUAAGUGUCGUUAUGUGUUAAAAAAUGCACUCAGUCCGAAUGUGGAUUUGCAGUGGCUAUAUAUAUAUCCGGUUGUAAUUUUAAUUAAAAGUUUGCAUGUAUUGUGUAAUUCACUCUUUUAAUAUAUUAAUAUUCCAAUAAUAUGUGUUUAUGUAAUUUGUAUUGAUUUCUGAACAGCUUGUGAUACAUUCUUUAAUAUAAGUAUGUUUUAAUGCAUAGUUGCAUCAUUCACUACCAUAUAAUGAAUGUUAAAGAUGUUUGAAAUCUUUGUUGUCUCUAUUUUUCUAGAGAAUAUCGAUUUUAUAAUAGUUAGUCCACUUAUUUAGGGAGUAUUAUGAAGUUUUACUAAAUUAAUUGACAAAAAAUUAAAACGAUGUCCAUUUACCAUGAAAGAGAGUUUAAUAUACAUUAAUACAAAUGUAGAAUGUAUUUAUAAAUUUUAAAACAACACUAAAAAUCAUAGACUUCAGUAUAUAGAGCAUUUACCGAAAAUU